AGCUUUCAAUUCAUCAAUCAACCACAAACUCCUAUUUUCCUUUUGGGACAAAAGCCCUCGGUCUUACUUUCCUCUUCCUAUUCUUCUCCUAUCCGGAAAAAAUUUCUAUAACGAUUAAAAACAAAAGAAAAUUAGGGUAAAAAAUGGGUGAUGUUGCAGUAGCAGCUUCCCUUGCUCCAUGCCAAACCAUUGCAUUAUUCAGCAGAGUCAAAUGGAGCGAGAAGCUGCAGAAACAAGAGCGGCAACAACGUAAAUCACAGCCAGUACUUGUCAUCAACAAUCAAAUGUCAGUGAAACCUGCAACCUAUUCUUCAAGAAUCGCCACUGAUAUUCCUCUCUACGAGGCGCCAGGGGCUUCAUUGGACGAGUAUUUGAAGGAUAAGUCAAGAGUUUUCAAAGCAAUCUUCCCUGAUAAAAGAAGAAGUCAACAGCUGAGCGAGGAACUGUGGAGAAUUCAGAUGUUACCGAUACAAUUUCUGUUCCUGACUGUCUGGCCAGUGGUAGACAUGAAGUUGAAAUGCAAGUCAAGAGGGGAAGAUUACCCACCAGGUGUACCUCAAGAUAUCACAAAGGUUCUUGAGCUAGAUAUUACAAGAUGGGAGCUCCAAGGACUGGAUAGUGUUAUGGAACCCUCUCAAUUCUCGCUUGGAGUAAAAGGAGCAUUGUACCCAGAAAGGCAUGGACGUUACAGCCGCCUUAAAGGACAAUUAGAAAUGGAAAUAAACUUUGUUCUUCCUCCUGUUCUUGCUUUGAUUCCUGAAGAUCUUCGCCAAAGUGUGGUUGACUCGGUGCUAACGAGAUUGGUGGAAAACAUGAAGCAAAAAGUUAACAGUAGCUUGCUUGCAGACUACAGUGAAUUCAAGAGGGAGAAGCCCAAGAAUCCGGCUUAAGCUUGUUGCUGAUACAAAGGUCCGUUUGAAGCACGAAUGGCUGUAAAUCUAAGCUUGGAAAAAGCUGAGGAAACUGAACAUGAAA